GACGUCCGUGAUGCGGGUGACGUCCGUAAUGCAGGUGACGUCCGUGAUGCAGGUGACGUCCGUGAUGCGGGUGACGUCCGUGAUGCGGGUGACGUCCAUGGUGCAGGUGACGUCCAUGGUGCGGGUGACGUCCCUGAUGCAGGUGACGUCCAUGAUGCGGGUGACGUCCGUGAUGCGGGUGACGUCCGUGGUGCAGGUGCUGUCCGUGGUGCAGGUGCCGUCCGUGAUGGGGGUGACGUCCGUGGUGCGGGUGACGUCCGUGGUGCGGGUGACGUCCGUGAUGCGGGUGACGUCCGUGGUGCGGGUGAUGUCCGUGGUGCGGGUGAUGUCCGAGGUGCGGGUGACGUCCGUGGUGCGGGUGCCGUCCGUGAUGCGGGUGACGUCCGUGGUGCAGGUGACGUCCGUGAUGCG